UGAGGAGCAAAUACACCGACUCCUCCUCCCCAGCGCUGCCUUUGGGAGUUAGUUUUUCGCAGAGCUGAGACUCAGUGAUUAUUGAGCAAGCUUCAGCUUGGGCUCAGGCUUGGAAUAGCUCCUUGCUAUUCUCCAGUCGUGCUGAGUGCUGGACGCUGGCCUCGUGCCUCGUCCUUCAGCUGUGUUCCAGGCUCGGAGCUCAGCCCUGGCAGGGCUGCCUUGAAGUCCCAGGUGUAUUUACGGUGACUCCUGCUCCAUCCUGGGGAGGGCGGAUGGGGAGGGGGAGGAGAGGAUGUGUGCAGGUACCCAAUCAGCUGCACACCUGCCCGGUGACGAGGAGCAGCCCUUGGCAGUUGGAUGCAGGCUCCUUGGCUCGGCGGCAGCGCUUGGUGCGGUGCGGAUGGGCUGACUGCCUCCCCCUCCCCACCGAACAUGGACAAGCUCGGCAAGAGGAGCUCAGGGUUUGUCAGGACCCGCAUCCCGCGGCCCCAAGUGGUGCUGCAGCCGAUGCAGCCGGCACGCUGCUCCUGCAGUACCAGAAAUUGUCCUUGCAAAAUGAGCCAGCUUCCUCAGAAGAGCCCUUUGGCUUCCCCGUUGUCAGAGGACAUGACUACCAGGGUAGACAACUUGCCAAUGGAGAGCUUUUGGCUGGAAGUAGAGAACAUUAAACAGAGCACUGAAGCCGAGCAAGAGGAAUGCAGCCUUGCAGAUGUCAAAACACAAGAGGAGGGAGAGGCUGAAGCGGAGUGGCUCCAGGACGCGGGGCUCUCAGACCUCAUUGGGGACCAUGCCUCAGAAAACGACAACGCGCUGCUCUCCACCCUGACAAAGACCCAGGCUGCUGCCGUGCAGCGAAGGUUGGACACCUACUCCCGCUCACGGAGGAGGAAGAACAAACCUCCUGUGAGGGAUGUCAGAGACAUUUUUGGAGUGGUCGGCUCUGGGGAGACGGUAACAGAAAAAGAGGAGCCCAGCCCAGACCUGCUGUUGCACAAUCUACGGACUUCAAAUGUUCAGAAACCAGAAACCCAGGAUUACUCCUGCACAGUUCGAAACCCUGGAAAAGAGGAGGUGUUCAACAUGGAUGUUGCCUACUCAGAACAAGCAGCUGUCCUGCUCAAGGGCUCAUUCUUGACCGAAUCUAAGAGAAUAAAGGAUGGAAAUGUGCUAACUAAAUUUAAGAUCCCCAAGGGCAGACUAGGAGUGACCAGGAUUGGAGAUCUAUCUGCUCAGGACAUGAAGAAGAUCCCCACGUUGGCCCUUAUUGAACUAACAGCUCUUUGUGAUGUUCUAGGCUUUGAAUUGAAGAGAAACAAGGCAGCAAAAUUGAAAACAACAGAGAAAAGGCUCUUUGGAGUUCCACUCAACACUUUGCUGGAAAAUGACCAAAAACUGCUCCCCAACACUAAGGUCCCUCUCUUACUCCAGGCACUGCUGUCCUGUUUAGAAAAGAGAGGACUUGAAACAGAGGGCAUUUUGAGAGUUUCUGGGUCCCAGACUAGAAUCAAGAGCCUGGAACAGAAGCUAGAAAGGGAUUUCUAUAGCGGCCUUUUCCGCUGGGAUGAAGUCCACCAGAAUGAUGUAUCUGGGCUGUUGAAAAGAUUCAUUAGAGAACUGCCUGCCCCAUUGCUGACAGCAGAAUAUCUUCCUGCUUUUGCUGCUGUGCAAAAUAUUCCAGACCUGAAGCAAAGGUUGCAGGCUCUGAACCUCCUGAUCCUGAUUCUGCCAGAGCCCAACAGAAACACUCUAAAGGCUCUACUUGAAUUUCUCAGCAAAGUAGUUUCCAGGGAGAACAACAACAAAAUGAAUCUCUGGAACGUUUCCACAGUCAUGGCCCCAAACCUCUUCAUGCACAAAGGGCUGCCAAACAAGAUUCCUGAAGGGAAGGAGAAACAGCUGGCAGAGGGGGCAGCUGAUGUUGUGCGGAUGAUGAUCCAUUAUCAGGAUUUGCUCUGGACAGUCUCCUCUUUUCUGGUAGCUCAAGUGAGAAAACUCAAUGAGAGCAAUAGUAAAAGGUAUCAGUUCUGUGACAAAAGGUUAAAAAAUCUGCUGCGGAAGAUUCACGCUGAUAAAGACAAAGUGGAAAAGAAUCAAGCGGAGCCUUCCAAGGUUGUGAAAGUCCACGCUUCGCUUCUCCUGAAGGAUUCCCUAGAAGUGCAUUUGAACAAUGCUACAAGAGUUGCUGAUGUCCUGAAGCAGUUUCAGAAGAACCUGUGCCAGAAUGGCUGGAAUAUUGUUAACACGGUCAACCUCCUCAAGUGUAACAACUCCAUGGAGUGCACAAACCUGCUCCUAUAUGAAGUGGGAGGCAAUAUUGGUGAACAUUGUCUGGAUCCAGACACUUACCUCUUAGACUUGUAUCAUAUCAAUCCGCAUGCUGAGUGGGUAAUUAAGCAAAACCCAUCAUAUCCUCGGAUGUUCUAAGGGAAACACAAGCAACACAGCAUAUGGCUGAAGUUUUUGGAAGACGAGAGAAAGCCAUAGAGAUGUUCCUGGUACAGUCACAGACCUGGACAAUGCUUGUGUCUUCAAAGGCAAAAAUGGUUUUAUUUCCUACUUCCAGGACAGCUGGCUGUGAGUACAAAAGCGCACAUGUGAACAGGGAAGUCAGUAACAGGCAUCAGUUAUCAUUAUGUAGUAGAAUUUGUGGGAUAAUUAUUCAUAAAUAAAAAGCCCUCCAGACACCCUGCAAAUGAAGCUACAGCUGUUCUACAACAAAGAGGAGCAGCAUCUCUUGAAGAUAGUAAAACAUUUGUUUCUUCUGGAUUUGCUCUUUUGAUCGCACCUAUAUUUUGGAGGAGAGACAAUCUGAUGCUGCCAUGGUACUAAUUGUAUACUUCUGGUGAGAUCCACGACUGGCUGUGGCACGUUACCAGCAGCUGUGAUCCUGAGUUUCACUAAUAAGACUGUUAUGUACUGAAGACUGAAAAAGGAUGCUUCCAAAAGUGGGACAUAAAGCUGACAUCCUGUGUUUAAUAACUGCAGUUAAAUACAUCUAUGCAACACAAGACAAUGACUUUCCCUGGAAAACAAUAUGGGAUGGAUAGCAGCCUUUCAACUGUACAGUUGGAUGGGGAGAUAGCUGUCCUUUACAGGUCUGGUGGUAAUGCAAGAACAAAUGUGUAGGUUGCUUUUGAUCAGAAUAAAACAAGCAUUCAUUUUGGUGGACAACCUAUAUAUCAAACAGUUAACCAAGGAAAUAUUCUGAAGGAUCUGAGGUUAGCAAUCUGAUCUGGCCACAUGAAAACCUCUUUCUGGAGGGCUCUGUGUGAACGUGACUGUCAAAGCAAAAAUUAAGCUGUGUGAUGAAAUAGAGGUGUGUGCAUCCAUCCGUCUGGACACCAUGGUGGGUAGCAGACUGAGCUGGUUACCACUCUGUUUUCAGCCCACACAGUGUGGUCACUGUGGACUGAAGAGAGCCAAAGGGAGAGCGGGCCACUUGCACUGUGUCAUUGCAUAGCUGUCAUCUGACCUGAGCUCCAGUGAGACUUCACUUCUGGGAGAGGAGUGCAGAAAUAGUUCUCCUUUGCAGCAAUGCUGAAAUACCUCACAUGAGGGAUCCUGCUAUGCAGUCACAGGGAGCAGAACACGCAGCGCACCUGAGAAUCCUGACAUCCCUUUUUUAUACUGUUUUUAAACGUUGUUGGAUAUUUAUUCAUGUGGCAGAAGCAGGGCUGCCCUGCAAGUGUAUACUCAAAGUGUUUUGUUUGCCAAUUCCUAGCUGCACUAGUGACAAGCUCCAGUGUUAUUUCUGUUCAACUGAAUUCACUUCCAUUGCAGUCUGAGCUUCUCCACCUGUUUGUAUUCCUCAGGCUGAUGUUUAGCUAUCCCUGUUCAUUAUUGUAUCAUUAUCUCCAAGCUUUGAUUUUUAUUGUCCAAGCACUUCAUUUUCUGGUUUGUCUGUCUGUGUGGUAACCUCUCUUGGCUAUAAGCAUCCAUGAGAAAUAGGUGAGCCAUAGAUUGUUCCUUCUAACCUGUAGUGAAUAUGGUGUGAGUGAUGCUGAUGUCUUGAAAUUAUGCAUAUACUAGAGUCAGUCUGCUUGUUAUUUCUGGUUAAAAUGAUGCACAUGCACUGACUAAAGGGCUCAUCUUCAUAGUAAUUCUUUUUAAGAACCUAAUAGUGCAUAAAAAAAGAAAAAAACCUGUCAACCCCUAACCCAGAACUCCAGUUCUGGAGUGUCAGGACUUCUUGAGAUGCUUCUUUUUUUCUUUUUCUUGUUUUUAAAUUGGCCCUAAAAGGCCCUGAUUGUUGUCCUUGAGGUUGGAUGCUCCGUGUCUCUUAAAACAUGGAGCUGCUUUAAAAUUGGGCAUUAAAAAUCAAAGGUACCUUUUCACCUGUUUCUUCUGGAAGUCUCUGUUGCAGUGAUGAAGCUCAGUGAAGAGCAAAUCCCAGAGAUGUUAGGAAAUGCCUGAUGUGUCAUAGCGUCUUAAGAAAGACAGAAGAACCUGUUCCUGCUCAAAGAUGCUAAAAUGCAGCUUUGCAGAUCCUUGCAUUUCUCUUCACCUAUCAUGUGCUGAAUUUUUUAUAAUUUUUUUCUACCAUACUGGAUGGAAAACACUGCAUUGAUGCUUCUGUGAACAGCAGUCUGGGGUUUUUUUUUUUUGUGGGUUUACUUUCUUUUUUGAACACUAAACAAUGUGAAUCAGUGCUGUGAUAAACAUGCUUGGAGAACCUCACAAGACAAAUAGCAAUUCUCAAAUAUACACGGAAAUGUAAAAACAAAAACAACAACAAAAAAACAAUAACAAAAACCAUCUCUUGCCGGGUGAUGGAUAUCCUUUUCUUUUUCCCCUAAUUUUGUACCAAAGAACAAAUGUGGGUUUCAAACAGUCGCUGUUGUGCAACCUGCUUCUGGAUGCUGGCUUUUUAUAACUUUUUGGGUUUUUUUGUUUUUUUUUUUUUUUUUACAGAUUUUCAAUUCUGUAUUUAAAAUUCAUUUAAUCAGUGGAACAAUAAAAAUGCAGUCAAACUGCUUGGCUCCAGUUUCAUUGGAGGAAUAAGUUAGCCCAGUAAAUGCCAGCAGUCUGUGAAUGCCAGGAGGAUUUGCCUCUUACCUUAAGAGAGAUGGACAUACCUACGUGAGUUUGACUUUCAUUUUGCAGCUUCAAUUGAAGUUCCUCUUUGGGUGUCCUGUGGGGUAGCUGUGCAAGAUAAUCCAGGAGGAGGAAGAGAUCAGGAUUGGGUUCAGAAAGCCCAGAGGAAGUUUGUAGCUGGUCUCUUGACAGUGGGCUGAAGUCCCUUUCACAAGCGCUAAAUAUGAGCGACUUCUGAAGGAUGAAAUUCUGUUGUAAGGGGGGAAAGAUGCCCACAUCCCAUGAGGAGUCUUCUACAUUCCCUCAGUCCCUUCUCUGCUGAUAUGUGCUCAGUUGCACACGUGCUUGAGGGACAGGCCAUUUUGGCUGAAAGAGCAAGAAUCUAGCUGAAAUAGUGUGGUUAGGUUAUAGAUAAUAUUUAAGUGUUUGAUAUUCAGUGAGGAAGUAUGGCAUAAAUCCACUGCUAUUUAUUUUAAAACGAUAAAAAUAGCAUUCUGUCCAGUCUUACUGAUAGGACAGUAGGACUGGUUGUGCUAUCCCGAGACAAAAGGAGUGAGGGGAGGAUCCAAGAGGCUGUAAAAAGCUUGCAAAGCAGUUAUCUGAGGAAAACACCAGCUUACCAAGCUCAUUUCACCCAUUCAUCUUCAGUAGUAUCAAAGUGCUAAUCUCUCUCAUCCUCAAGGGCAUUUUUUGAUUGAUCAUUACACAGCUAUCUCCCCUGCUCAGAACAAAAGCCCAGUAUUUAUUCUGUAUGCAACUUAGUCGGGUGCGCUGAGAUAACACUGCUUAGUAUAAAGGAAUCUUGCCAGUGCUGGUUCACGUUAGUGUGGAUGAAGUGGAACUGAAACAUCUCUAACAGUAAGUAGUUUGUUUCAGGAGAAAAACAAACUCUGCAGCAUUACACGAUCUUUACAGGAACAAGGGGAGUUUCAACACUUGGAGGGAAAUGCCAGAUGAGAACAAAUAAAUAGGCUUCCCAGAACAAAGUAAGUGACAGCAAACAGUUGAAAACAAACAAAAAGAGUUGCGUUUGAUUAAGUCCAUUGCUUUCCUUUCCUAGUGCACUCUUUGUCUGUUGAAAACAAAGCAAAUGGCACCUGUGUUUGCCUGCAGCCUUGUGUCUGUGGGAAUGAAACUUUCAAGCUCCCUACAAAUCCUGUCUGGCUCUACACACCGGGGCUGCGUGUGCAAGCUAGCGCCCAGAUUGGAGACAGACACAGUUGGAUGUGUUUAUAGUGACAUGGUGAUAAUUCAGGUUCUUACAGCGCAUGGCCGCAUCUUAGCCUUGAAAUGUGCAUGUAGUCACUGUAUUUCUAACCAAUGGGGCAAUGGAUGUGUGCUUGGAGCUCUCUGCUCUUGGGCGCACCACCAAUGUCCUGACUCUUCUCCCUGACUUGUGGGGCUGAAGUCCCCCUGUAGGGCAGCUCCUAUUUCCUAGAAGGCUUCACCCGAUUCUUGCUGCCUUCUCCCUGGAGAAAGAACUAAGGCCAUAGGUGAAUGUUUUGAGAUAUUACAUAGAGAACUGUUUCCCACUUGGUUUUGUCAUUGAACUCCAUCUAAGAGAAAGUAAAAACAGUGAGAAGUGAUAAAAAUCCAUUUUUCUUUAGCUCUUGGAAUGAAAUCUGAAGUGAUGAUGGAUGCUGCCACGUGUCUUGUCCUUACUUGUCUGGAUGGUAUAUUCUGAAGAGGUAAACAACAACUAGGGGAUAAAAGAGGGAAAGAGGAAGAAAGUGCAUAGGAAUGGAAGAUGUAGCUGUACCUCUGGUAGUGUGUUUCUUUUUGUUGUUGGGUUUUUGGUUGUUCUCCCUUCCCACCCUUGGCUUUGGAGGCUACAUGAAUGCAUGUGAGUUCUGCUGUUCCUGCUUUGCUCAUCCCAAACCUUGUUCUGGACAAUAGAAACCUUUUCCAGUGCUUCCCUAACCUUUGCUGGCUGAAAACCAACGGCAGACUUCUGUUGCCUCCAGUAUUUGCUACCUUGCAAAUGAAGUCUAAGGAGCACAGGUUCUGCUUUUGACCAGAGAGGAAGCAUAAGCAACCUCCAUGGGUGUUGAAGUAGGAUGUUGGGAGCCCCUCCACUUUACCUUAAUGCAGCAGGGUCUUGCAGCUGGUGAGUAAAUCAUGCAAGUGAAAAACUUGCUGGCAGCUGAGUCUGGCUGUGAAUGUGGUUGUAGGUGGACGUGUGCUAGCACAGUGACUGUUACAGAGGAGAAAGAGCACUGCUAUAUCCCCUGAUUUGUGAUUCUAGGGCUAGUUCUUGCUGUGUAAGUACAGGCUCAGGCUCUGGCAGUCAGGGUUUGGUUUAUGUGCAGAGAUUACAAUUGGUUUAUGGUUCUGAUGGGAAAGAGAUUUGGGCAAAAUUUUUCUUGUUUGUGAUCAGAAAGUGUUCUUAGAUGUAGGAGAAAGACCCAUAUAUCUGAAACUGAAUAUUUUGAUCCUCAUUCGGAAUUUUAACAGCAUCAAGAAGUGGGGUGGUGUGUAACCCACCUGUGUUACCUCUUUUCUCAACAAUUUGUAUUUGCCUUGUCACUGAAAGCAGAGAAAGAUGCUAUGCUGCUGAUCAUCUAUGCUGAUGGCUCAAUUUUAAGCCAUUAUCUGGACACGAGAGGCAGUCAAAAAGUGGAAUAAUUGCUUUUUACUUAUAACAAACCAGCAGAGCUGUCCCAGGGUUUCAAGAGAGACAAUUAAAGAUAUUGCAUUGUUUUCUUCAACAGGAGAAAUAGACCUGGGGUUCCCUAAUAGCCCUCCUGGUUCAGCGCUGUGCUCUGAGCACGUUGUUGUGGGUUGCAUUUAUUAUGAGCCACUUACUAUUAUCCCUAAUUAUUUAGCUGGGGGGAGGUCUCUCUCUAACAGGCGAAUUUGUGACUUGAUGAACACUCAGCUGUCUGUAUUUAAGAUAAAAUUACUGUAAUUAACAAAUCGAUCAACCCUACUUUCACUCUGCUGGCUGGGACAGAACAAACGGGCUAAAUGAGACAUAUUUAGUACAAAGGUAGAGAAAGAGGUUUGCAGACUUCAGGAUACACAGGCUCAAAGCUUUUUCACACACUGCUUUCAAUGAUAAUGUCACAUAAUUGUCUCUCGUUUGAUAAUUUUGUCUCUGACAAAAAAAGCACUCAUGCUGUGCUCUCUGUAGCUCUGCCCAGUGAGGCAAUCGCGGCUGCAUGGCCAGGUGGGUUGUUUUCUUAAACCCAAACCUCAACAGGGCUGGGCUGGAUUCUGUGGGUGCUCUCCCAUGCCUGACCUUCACACCCUUCCUCCCAGUGAUGUUAUACCAGCAGAAGUCAUCCCCAGCUCUUCCAUUAGGUAACUGUACCUGCUUGUAGUUGCUCUCUUUGGAUAGGAAUUCAAAGAGCUCUUCUGCAGCUGCAGGUUUGCCCUGGGUUUUGGUGAGGCUGCCCCUGGCACAUCACAAGUGAGCUGAGAUAGUCCAGGGUGCAGGACAGUCACCGGGCUUUGUGAUUUGAUUCACAGUUGUUUCCUAAUGAAAGCAAAUGCUUGGAGUCACUGUGCUGUCUAGAAAGUCAGCUGCAGGGAUUUGUCCCUAUUUAAGCUUCUGAGGUAUGUCUAGGUGCUUUGGCAAGUUUAUGCUGUCUGUUGUCAGCCCAUCCCAGCUGCCUUAUCACUCUGGGGUUGUGUGGCAUCCAUGCACGUAUUUAACGUAACUCUGUUACAAUGGACAAGGGUCUGGAGAGCCAAGGAAAUGCUCUGCACUCCUGUGUUCUGCUGUCCUGUGAAACCAGCUGGUAAAUGGUGGGUGUGCACUGGAAGAAGAAAACAGCUCUGGCCAUUAGUACAUAGAAGGAGAGGGCAGCUAAGUGCCAUCUUUGAGAAAUAUUCCUGUGAUUGACUUUGUGAAGGCUGGGUCUGGCAAUGAUGGAAGGUGAGACUGCUCCAGUUACAAAAUGGGGUUGCUCCAGCAUCGGCUGGCUGCUGGAUGGAAAGUUGCAUGGAUGUGGGGAAACUGGUACUCCUUCUGGUGAUGGUUCUUGCUACACCCACUCAUCCAGCAGAAAAGGGGUUUGCUUAUAUGUGCUAUGUAAGGUAGUUUCCAUUGAACAUAUUCUGACUGAGCUCUACCUGUACAUGCACAGGCAGCUGUGGUGUGAUAAGGGUGUUAUGUCCCAUGGGUCAGUGGGCACCAGAGGAAGCCUGGCUUCAUCUAUAAAGCUGAUGGUUCCUCAUUUGAAGGCCAUGUUUCACGGUGUGCAUGACUGCCCUCCAUUUUGGAUGCUGGCUUUCUGCAUCAGGCAUUUUGCCACUCUUCUCCCAUCCUGCCCAUCGCUACCCAUUGGGCGUUCCCUCCGUCCAGCUUCGGAGACGUCUGUGGCUGGAGGGGACAUCGAGUGGCUGCUGUAACUGUCACAUUGGUGCAAGGAAAACCCUCACUGAGCCGUCAAAGGCAUUGCCAAGAGCAUGUGAAAGCUUCAUUACCCAGGCUUUGUUCCGAGGAGCAGUCAGGCGGGGUUAUCAGCCUGGUGCAGGCCGCGGUUGCGUAGCAACCCGACAGGCUGCGGCCCUGCUGCUCCAGAGCAAGAAGAAAUACUCAUUUUCCUCAAUUUAGAGGCACUGUAAACAUUGAAUUCAUUACCGGUGAGGGAUUCACUAGAUUUUACAUCUCAUCGAUGCAAUGGCGGGUGGUGUUGGCUUUGUUUUGGCAUCGUGUAGGUGCACACUCACAGGUUGAAUGAAGGUGGAACAAUCUCAGAUUGGUUUGUUGUGUUGUUGUUGUUUUAUUUUUUUUUGUCGGCUGGUUUUCAUCUCUUUGUCCUGCUUGGGACUCAGAAUGAGAGUGAGGUCUGGGAAUGUCAUUGAUUUUUCAGGCAUCAGCUUUGGUGUACGUUGGGUGAUGGUGGCUAUGGGGCUGAAAUAUCUCCAUCCUGAAAGAGGAGCUGGGCUGCUGAGACCUGUGUGGACAUCCCUGUCAUAUUUUUCUGGAUUUAAUGCCCCUGCAUUCACUCAAUGCAGGGCAGCACGCUGUCCUCAUGCUAGCUACCUCUUAACAUCUGUAUUGGCAGAAAAAAUGUGGCUUGUGUGUUAUGAAACUCCUUUCUUUCUUCUGCUCGAUCCUUUAACUUCUCCCUUUCAAUAUUGAACCAUAAUAUAUCUUCCCUUCUCAUUAGCAAUUCAGUCUGCAGACUGAUUCAGAUUAACUUGGACUUACACUGUAUUAAACACUUUAAGAAAAAAUCAGAAGGGCUCAGGAUGUUUAUGAAAAGCAAUUUCCUCAAUGCCAGGCAGUUUAAUAACUCUAGAGCCAGUGGCAUUCAGGCUCAUUUAUUUUAAGCUGUGUUUCUAAACUGUGACGGGUCAAAAAUAAAUAAGGCAGGGUGGCAGAUUUGGCAUAGGAGAGCUCAUUUCAAAGAAAAGAACAUGUGCAAGUGCAAGAAAUAACACAGCUUAUAGUCCACACAAUCAGAGGCUCAUUUGAAAAACUUGAUUUUCUUAUAGAUCAAUAUUUCCCCACUGAAUCAUUGGCAAGAAGUGAAGGUUUGGAGGUGUACAUGGCAAAGAAGAGAGAACUCUGAUAAUCUCUUGUCCAAAUUGCUUUGUUUCUUGUAGUAGGAAGAUUGUUCUGUGUAUCAGUCUGGAUUUUUUUCUUUAAUCAAGUUCCUGGUGGAGAGGUGUAUAACCCCAGGCAGUGCUUUGCACCUGAGACCUCGGACCUAUUCAAGCAGUAAAUGCAAGCACUGCAGUAUGUUUCAAAGGACUUGUUAAAAAUAUUGGAAAUCGGUAUCUUGUAGCAAACAAAGUGAGCUAAUACUAUUUGUUGGAAACACCUACAAGCCAUGUGGGACACUGAGCAGGUCAACUGGAAUGUGUAACAGCAUCCACCUGUCUCCUGCUUCUGUUUAUUCAAGUGCAGAUGUUGGUGUUUUUGAGUUAGUGCAGAACACGCUGAAGAAUGAAGCUGAAUUGCUUUGUAUCCUGCUCCACUUAAAGAAAUGUGGGGCUCUACAGCCCAGGAAAGUCCACCGUGUUCAAGGUAGCAAGUCCAAAUUGUAAAAAAUUUCCAAAAAAAAUGGAAGGACCAGAUUGUCAUUAAGGUACAGGUUGUGGAAACUGGCUUCUGUUGGAGAAGCUUCCUUUCAGAUUAUUCCUUGGUGGAAAAUAGCCCCAUCUUUUCCCUAUGGAAUAUGAAAUACCACAAAUAGUUCUUGCUACUCAGGAUAUUAACCUUAAUUAAAGUGUUAUCCAACUUGCUAAUAUUUAACACCUAACUGUUGGAUAUCUCUGCGAAUAAUUGCGCAGGUAAGUUGUUUGUCAUUUGUUCAGAACCAGCUGUGAAGGCUGGAGGCAGAGGUGGUUCUGCCUUUUGUUUGGUGGAACACAACAGUUACAAAUCAGGUGCCCAGCAUGAAGAGUUAUUUAAGAGUCCUAACUUUUUUUUCAUAACGCUCCUGAGUGCUCACUUAUUGGAGGGCUCACACUGUGAAUCCCCAGGAAUUCAUGAGAUGUUUUAUGUGUUUGUGUAUUUCAAAUGAAUGCAGGCUGCAGGCCCUGGGUUGUUGUAGAUCUGAUAGUUUCUCCUAAUUAUUCUAACAAGGAGGCUGCAAAGAAAUCCGCUGCCUUCCUGUGACAUCCUUCUUUUGAAAACUGUGGUGACAAUCAUUCCUUUCAAACAGUUUUACUCCAGAAAUGUGCGAGGAUCUGCCCUCACUGCUCUGUGCCGUAUUUCUGACCAGGUUUCUGUGACAGUCCUCACCGUAUCCAGGUGACAGAUCUGCACCACAGUCUGGAAUCUUCAACCCGUUGAUGAACUUAUGUAUGGGCUUGCUUGAUCGAAAUGGGCUUCAGUGCCAGCUGGACUGGGUGAUGCUGGAGUUAUGGGGGUCCUUUCUUCAGUGAUGGUGUGGAUAACAGAUGAAGCAAACUGAAAAAUAUGUGAGAAAUGCUGUCAAGAUCCAUGACUGCUAGUUUGUGAUUUCAAUCACUGUUAUCCCAAAUAAUGCUUUUUAUGUUCGACUGUAUUCUGGUUGUGAUGCUUGGUGUAUCAUUGCCCUACGAGCAAGGGUACCUAAUAAUGGUAUCUCUCAGUGCCGUAACAUUUCAGCAAGGCUUUCUGAGAUCAAAACUGGUUUCUUUAAAAAAAAUUAUGCCCUAAAUCCUGUCCUUCUAAGACAGAUCAGGCAUAAAAAUAUCUUCACCCUUCUGCCUGCUCCCCUUCUCUUCCUCCGUGUCCUAAAGCCUGUGAUAUCCAUGACUGAGUGAAUUAAUGCACGUGUAAAUACCUACAGUAGAAUGCAAAUGCGCAACACAGUGACAAAUACUGCUGCUUUGAUGGUCAAAGGAUUAUUUUUAGAACUACUGUAAUAAACCAAGUCCUACAGCUUGCUUGCCCUAGCAAGGAUUAAAUGGAGAAAAUGCGAUGCCUGGUCCUCCCGCAGCCCUGCCUGUGAGGAUCUCUGCUCUCAGAGCCAUUUCUGAAUCAUCCCUUGAUGUGUUUGGCUGCAGGGCACUGACCGAGUCCCAGGGUAGUCAUGCAGGGAUGCCUGCUGCUGCAGCAGGCACAUGCAUUGGUGACUGCCUUUUGGCUUUUUAAUUCCUUAGAUUUAAAGGAAUGUUGUGUGUGUGAGGGGUCAUUUUGCUUAUGGAGUCACAGAGAGCAAGAAUUGUCAUCUAGAUUGUUCACAGUGCUUUCAGUUCACGUUCUGGAUCACCAGUGCUUUCACUCCAGAUUUUAAGACAUAUGACUUUGUCUGUCCUUCCUUCCCAAAUAGCCUGUCUGAAACAUACCACAAGCUGAGGAAAAUUUCUGUCUGAAAAUUGUACCUGAUUUAAGGCUUCCCUGCAAACCAGAGUGUCUGGUCAGGUGGCUGGAUAAUACAUACAAAUAGCUGAGAAAGCAGAUAGUCUGCCAGCAUUAGCUGCUCAGCUCUGAUGAUGCAGUCCCAGCUGUUUGCAAUCUUCACUUUUCUAGAGAACCCAUUUCCAAGACUAUAAUCAUUUGACAGCUUUUAAUCUUCCAGUGCAGAUGUGACAAAAUAGUUUCAUAAUCCUCUGCUGUGCUUUAGGCUGCUCAUCCUGUAGAUCUGUGGCUGACUAAUGCACGGCUUUGUCCUGUGGUAUGUAACAAAGCCAUGCUGGCUUCAGCUGUGUGAGCCACAGGGCUGUCACGCUGCGUACAGUAAACGCCUCCAAAAGUGGGUGCACUGUAAGUGCAUCACCGUGAUUUUCAGUGUGAGUCGGAAACUCGAAGCAAAAAGCCACAAAAACACAAAACAAUACCCAGAAUGAAUAGCACCUGGAAAAAAACAACAAAAAAACACUUGUGUGAGUCAUGGUAAGGAAAUCACUGGGGCUGAGUAGUACCCUCUGCGUGAGCAGAGCAGUGACUUUCCCAGUGCUGUGCCUGCAACGUGGCCUCCCUGCUUUCAGUUAUGUUAGAUGAUGUGUGGGCUUGAGGCCAAAAAUAGGAAAAAUAGGAGAUGAUGACUCACUCCUGCUCCUCCAAAUGGGUGUAGAUCAUCAGGCUACAGCUCACUCCCCUCUGUCGUAAAGGAUGCUGAUGGCUUAAGAGUGCCCCUUUGGUGUUCCUGUGAGCCAUGUGUGGGAGGAAAAGCACGGGGAUGAUGGGGAGCAAACCAAGGAGUGUGUCAUCUGAGUGCCACGAGUCUUACGGGAAGGGGAUCAAGUUUGAAGUUGAGGCUGCUUUGAGAGAAGAAGGAGGGAACGACUCAUUAUACAUCUGAAUGUUUCACUGUACCUUGUGCACGUGGUCAUCUGAGGUUAUGGAUGUUCAGUUUACACUGAGUGCACUGAUUUGACCUUGUUUAGGCUGAGUGAAAGAAUGAUCAGAUGUUUACCCAUAGUUAGGGUCUGCAUAUUCUCUUGUUCUUAGAUGACCACAUUAACUUAAAAAUAAUAAAACACUCAACGAGUUUCUCAGUGUACUCAGAGCCUGAAAUAGAGAUAAAUGUGGCUAAAAUGUCAAUAUCUCAGUCAGUACUAGAAUUUCUUUUUGGGAGGUGUUGCUGAACCCUACAGGGGGAAAAUGGGACAAGCCCAUUUUCUUUGGAGAACACCUCUGAUUAGA